UGCCCGGCGGAAGAGCAGGGGCUGCACUGCCAGCACCCCGACUGCACUGACAAGAGGAGGGCAGCCAAGGUAUGCCACCACGCCGAGUGCCAGCAGCUGAACCACAGCAGCCCCCUCAGCCUGUGUGAGGUCUGCGACGGCCGCCUCCACGGUGCCAUGCACUUCGACGGGCACAUCCGCUUCGACUUGCCCCCGCAAGGCUCCAUCCUGGCCCGCAACGUGUCCACCCGCUCGUGCCCCCCGCGCACCAGCCCUGCCUCCGACCUGGAGGAAGACGACGAGGGACCGGCGGACGGGAGGGGGGACAGGAAGAGCUCGGCGCUGAAGCUGCCCAAGAAGAAGGCUCGGCGCAGACACACAGAUGACCCCAGCAAGGAGUGCUUCACCCUGAAGUUUGACCUGAAUGUCGACAUCGAGGCGGAGAUCGUGCCGGCCAUGAAAAAGAAAUCCCUGGGGGAGGUGCUGCUGCCGGUCUUUGAGAGGAAGGCGAUCGAGCAGAGCAAGGUGGACAUCUACCUGGACCAGUCCAACACACCGCUCUCCCUCCACUUCGAGGCGUACCGCUUCGGGGGACACUACCUGCGGGUGAAAGCCAAGCCCGGGGACGAGCUGAAGGUGGAGCAGGCAGCACGGGAUGCCCGGUCGGCCAGCCUGCCCAUCCUGCGCCCCGCUGGCACCGCUGCGCUCUUCGGGCCAGUGCUGGAGCCGGUGCUGGGCCGCCGGGAGGGUGCUGAGGUCCUGGCUCCAGGCAGGCGGAGGAAGAACAUGACGGAGUUCCUGGGGGACGCCAGCAUCCCUGGCCCCGAGCUGUCCCCACACGGCAGUGGCUCCCUGCCCACCAAUGGCACCGACACCUGGAAGAACCGUGCCGCCAGCCGCUUCAGCGGCUUCUUCAGCUCCGGCGCUGGCACCGGCCCCUUCGGGCGGGAGGUGGAUAAGAUGGAGCAGCUGGAGAGCAAGCUGCACACCUACAGCAGCUUCGGGCUGCCCAAGCUGCCGCCGCAGCUCCGCUUCGACCAGGACUCCUGGGAGGAGGACGGGGAUGACAGCAGCCUGGCGCUGGAGGACAGCUGGCAGCAAAUCAUCGAGGGCACGGAGGCCCUGACACGCCGGCAGUGCCACCAGCAGGAAGCCAUCUGGGAGCUGCUGCACACCGAGGCCACCUACAUCCGCAAGCUCAAAGUCAUCACCGACCUCUUCCUCUGCUGCCUGCUGAACCUGCAGGAGUCGGGGCUGCUGUGCGAGGUGGAUGCCGAGCGACUCUUUGGCAACAUCAGGGAGAUCAUCCAGCUGCACCGCAGCCUGUGGAGCAGCGUCAUGGCCCCGGUGCUGGACAAGGCCCGCCGGACCAAGGCGCUGCUCAACCCCGUGGACUUCCUCAAGGGCUUCAAGACGUUCGGCUCGCUCUUCAAGCCCUACAUCCAGUACUGCAUGGAGGAGGAGGGCUGCAUGGAGUACAUGCGAACGCUGCUGCGGGACAGCGAGCUCUUCCGUGCCUACGUGACGUGGGCCGAGAAGCACAAGCAGUGCAGCCGCCUGAAGCUCAGCGACAUGCUGGUGAAGCCACACCAGCGCCUCACCAAGUACCCGCUGCUCCUCAAGUCUGUGCUGAAGAAGACUGACGACGCGCGCACCCGUGAUGCUAUCCUCACCAUGAUCGGCUCCGUGGAGCACUUCAUCAACCACGUCAACUCACGUAUGCGGCAGCGUCAGGAGCAGCAGCGCCUGGCUGCCAUCCUCAGCCGCAUCGAUGCCUACGAGGUGGUGGAGGGCAGCACGGAUGAGGUAGACAAGCUGCUGAAGGAGUUCCUGCGGCUGGACCUGACGGCCCCCAUGCCCGGCACCUCCCCGGACGACACCCGGCAGCUCCUCCUUGAGGGCAGCCUGAAGAUGCGGGAAGGUAAAGACAGCAAGAUGGAUGUCUACUGCUUCCUCUUCACUGACCUAUUCCUCAUCACCAAGCCUGUCAAGAAGGCUGAGCGCACCAAGGUGGUCCGGCAGCCCUUGCUGGUGGACAAGGUCGUCUGUCGGGAGCUGAAGGACCCAGGCUCCUUCCUCCUCAUCUACCUGAAUGAGUUUGGGAGUGCUGUGGCUGCCUACACCUUCCAGGCCAGUGGGCAGUCGCUGUGCCGCAGCUGGGUCGAGGCGCUGCACAACGCGCAGAACCUGCUGCAGCGGCUACGUCUGCAGGAGCUGCAGCGCGGGCAGUGCCAGCGCCUGCAGGAAGAGGAAGAAGAGGAGGAGGAGGAGGAAGAUGGUGAGAGCAGCACCUCAGCCGCCAGCUCGCCCACUGUCCUGCGCCGCAGCAGCACCAGCCUGGACUCCCAGCAGUGCCCCUCGGAUGGCUCCACUGAGACCAUCUCGGUGUUGGUGGUGGAUGGUAGUGAUGAGCUCUCCUCCCCGGACUUGGACGUGGGGCCAUUUGGCUCACCAUCAGACAGCACCUCCGUGAGCACCGGCACCUCUGUGAGCACCGGCACCUCCAGCAGCACCUUGAUCAGAGAGCUGCCCACGGACACCCUGCCCCUGCCCCAGGGCCCGGCCGCCCAGCCCAGCAGCUGCCGCUCGGCAUCCAUCGACAGCGCUUACGGCACGCUCUCGCCCGCCUCGACGCGGGACUUCACCCGGCAGCAGGAUGUGGUGGCCGAGGAGGGGCGGGAUGUCCCAGCCCCGCGGCCGCCUUCACCCCGGCUGCGCCGCCGGACACCUGUGCAGCUCCUGCCCUGUAAGGCCCAGGUGCUCAAGUCCAAGUCGGAGGCCAGCCUCCUGCAGCUGCUGGCCAGCCCCCCGGCCCCGCUCAGCCAGAGCCGGAGCCUCUCUGACCUCUGUGCAGCCCCCCCCAGCCCCCCGCUCCCCCAGCGGACUGGAUGUGCCCCGGGGCACCCAGCCGCCCCCAGCACCGGCAGCAGCAGCGGUGACUCCACUUCUGAGCUCUCGGAGCCGGAGGAACACGCAGAGACCCCAGGGCCCACCCUGGGCCAGCCCAGCCGUGGCCCACAGCCCCCCGCCCGCCGCACCCUCUCGGACCCGCCGUCGGCACAGCACCGCAAGCUGACGCUGGCCCAGCUCUACCGGAUCCGGACCACCUUGCUCCUCAACUCCACGCUGACAGCCUCGUACGUGCAGCCCCUCCCCUCUGCUCGCCGUGCACCAGGGCCCCAUGCUAACAGUGCUUCUCCCUCUCUGUGCCUUGCAGGGAGGUCUGAGAGCUGCUAG